GUGCCUGCCAUCAGGUCUCCGCGAUCGCGUCGUGUCGUCGCUCAGUGUGCCUGUGUCAAUGCUCUCUCUCGUCGUGUCGUCGUCGCUCGCUCUGUCACUGCCUCGCCGUGCCGUCUUGUCGACCGCAUUCGGGACCGCAUUGGCGAUUCGGCCUGCCUCCGCCACCGGCGAUCUCAUUGUCGGCGGCUCGCCGGUCAAGGGAGACGAGAGCAUAAUGGCACCAAAAGCGCACGGUACUAGCGCGGCUCCCGUGCAGGGAAACCUCAGGUGGAACGUUGACGUCGAGAACGCCGAUCGGAUCACCAACUACAACCGCCGCUUCGCCGAGUUUGGCGGCUACUGGAAGCAGACCGACUUUCUCAAGGAAGUGAGCCGCACAGAGCCUACCACCUACUACGACUCCGUCACGGGCAAACCGCUGUUCCGCGCUCCGAUCGGCCGCUCCAUGGACGAAUUCCUGGCCGAGUCCAACCUGCACGGCUGGCCCUCCUUCCGCGACCAAGAGGUUGUGUGGGAGAACACGAGAGUGCUCAAGGACGGCGAGACGGUGUCCGUGACGGGGACGCACCUCGGUCACAACCUCCCGGACAGGGCUGGCAACAGGUACUGCAUCAACCUCGUCUCGAUCGCCGGCCGGCCGGGCGGCGCGCCCCAGUAGACCGCACGUUCGUCGUUUGUGGCAAAGCACUUCCCGCGCCUGUUUAGUAUGUCCGUAUGUGACACUGUGCCGACGGCAAGGUGGUCCGGAAGCAUUGCUGUGUGUCCGCGCGGAGUAGAGGGUGUGAGCUGUGACUGUGCCUCGGCGCCAGCGCGAGGCACAAGGGGCGGAGAAUGAUGAAUGCGGUCGUCCGGUG